UUCCUUGUAUUGUGGCUACAAAAGGCCAACGAUUAUCCUUUGUGAUCAUAAGUUCUUUUACAAAAAUGAACUCAAAGUACCCAAUGGUUAACUUAUCAUCCUUCUCUUCUAUUCAUUUCCUCUUUUAUUCUCUUGUUAUAUCUCUCUCUUCCACCGUCAUAUGUGGUGGAAUUGAGACAGAUCAUGAGGCUUUGCUGAAGAUCAAGUCAUUGAUCACUCGAGAUCCAUAUGGAGCUCUAACCUCAUGGAACGAUUCUCUUCAUUUAUGUGACUGGAGUCAUGUUUAUUGUGGGAAGCGGUAUAGAAGAGUGACUUAUAUAGACUUGUCAUCGCAAGGUCUAGAAGGCUCAUUGUCUCCUCAUGUGGGGAACCUGAGCUUCCUACGCUUGCUUUUUCUUUAUAACAACAGCUUUCAUGGAGCCAUCCCUCAAGAACUUGGUCGUCUUUCUAGGCUACGUCAACUGUAUUUGUACCUAAACAAAUUCAACGAGGUCAUUCCAACUAACAUAUCUGGUUGUUUUAACCUUGAAGUGAUUGCUCUUUCCAAUAACGAGCUAGUUGGAAGCAUACCCAAGGAGAUCAGUUCCCUCAGCAAACUUACUUUUCUUUCACUUUGUAAUAAUACGUUUACUGGUGGAAUCCCAACCAUCUUGGGAAAUAUAACAUCAAUGGAAUCGUUUUCUGUUAGUGGAAAUCCCUUGGGUGGGAGCAUCCCAAACAUCUUAAGCCAGUGGAGGAAUUUAAGAGAGUUUUACGCUACAGGUUGUAACUUACACGGAACCAUCCCUCAUGAAGUCGGUCAUCUCUCCAGGUUGAUGGUCCUCAGUCUUGCAACUAACAAGUUCUGUGGGGUAAUUCCAUCUAACAUAUCCGGUUGUUCAAACCUUGAAGAGCUUUAUCUUUCCGAUAACGAGCUAGUUGGAAGCAUACCCAAGAUGAUCAGUACCCUCUCCAAACUUACUGUUCUUUCACUUUUUAAUAAUAAGAUUACAGGUGGAAUCCCAACCAUCUUGGGAAAUAUUACAUCAUUGGAAUUGUUUUCUGUUGCUGGAAAUCCCUUGGGUGGGACCAUUCCAGACAUCUUAAGCCAGUGGAAGAAUUUAAGAGAGUUUUACCGUAACGGUUGUAACUUACACGGAACCAUCCCCCAUGAAAUAGGUCAUCUCUCCAGGUUGACGGUCCUCAAUCUUGCAACUAACGAGCUAGUUGGAAGCAUACCCAAGGAGUUCAGUUCCCUCACCAAACUUACAUUUCUUUCACUUGAUAACAAUAAGUUUACUGGUGGAAUCCCGCCAUACUUAGGGAAUAUGACAUCAUUGGAAGUGUUCGCUUUAAUAGAAAAUCCGUUGGGUGGGACCAUUCCAGACACCUUAGGCCUUAUGAAAGGUUUAAAAGAAAUUUACUUAGGUAGUUGUAGUUUAAAAGGAACCAUCCCUAAUUCUCUUUAUAACCUUUCACUCCUAGCUGAUAUUAGCUUGGUUGAUAAUCAGUUGACAGGUGGUCUUUAUUCAGCCGUAGGUGCAACGCUUCCUAAUCUUGUUUGGUUUCAAUUAUGGGGUAACCAACUAAGUGGACCUCUUCCGGCAUCCAUUUCAAAUUGUACGAGCUUAAAACUUCUAGAACUCCAACAGAACAUGUUUAGUGGACGCUUGACAAUCGAGUUUUCAAAACUAACGAAUAUACAUUUUAUAAACAUUGGUGGAAACCCCUUUGGAAGCAAAGAAGCAGAUGAAACGAAGUUUAUUGAUUCUUUGAAAAACUGCACGAGAUUAAAGAGGUUGGCUUUUGGUAAUUGCAGGUUUCAAGGAGUUCUUCCUAGAUCAAUUGGUAAUCUUUCUAAUCAACUCCAGGAGUUAGUAUUUAGUAAUAAUGAGUUAAAUGGAAACCUCCCUAGUUCAAUUGGUAAUCUUGUUGGCUUGAAUAAGUUGUCAUUAGGAGGAAACCAAUUCACGGGAAACAUCCCUUCAACCAUUGGUAACCUUCAAAACUUAGAAGGUCUUUAUUUAGAUGAAAACCACUUUUCAGGGCAGAUUCCGGAUUCCAUGGGGAACUUAUCAUUGUUGAUAACACUUUAUUUAUCUUCAAACAUGUUAGAAGGGGUUAUUCCAUCAAGUCUAGGAAAUUGUCAUCAUCUAUUAGAGUUGUACCUUAAUGACAAUAAACUUAAUGGGAAAAUGCCUAUACGACUGCUUCAACUUUCAAGUCUCUCCAUAACAUUGGAUCUUUCUCAAAAUAACCUGUUUGGUUCACUUCCAAUUGAGGUUGGAAACCUCAACAUGUUGACUACUUUGAAUUUAUCUGAUAAUAACUUUUCUGGUAACAUUCCUAGUAGCCUUGGUGGUUGUAGUAGUUUAUUACGGUUAUCCCUCAAAGGAUUGGUGGAACUCGAUAUUUCUCAUAACAACUUUUCGGGGCAUAUUCCUAGAUUUUUCGAAAAGUUUAAGUUAGAAUAUUUGAACCUGUCAUAUAAUGAUUUUGAGGGUGAAGUUCCAAUGGUAGGAGUGUUCGCUAAUGAAAGUGCAUUCUCUGUUUUGGGGAAUAGAAGGCUUUGUGGUGGCAUUAUUGAACUUGGGUUACCCAAAUGCAAGGAGACAAGUAAAUUUACAAAGAAGCUUCAUCUCUAUUUAAUAGUCACAUUGAUCGCAUCCGCACUUUUCACCGCAACAUGUUUAACAUAUGCUUGGUGUAAGAAGAAAAGAAAGAGUCAUCUUUCACAAUCGUCAACAAGCAAACGAUACCUAAAAGUUUCAUAUAGUCAACUUCUAAAGGCUACCAAUGGGUUCUCCGAAUCCAAUUUGAUUGGAACUGGUGGUUAUAGUUCUGUUUAUAAGGGAAUCCUUUUUGAAGAUAAUGACACAUUUGUUGCAAUCAAAGUUCUACAUCUUCAAAAUCGUGGAGCUCAAAAAAGCUUUACGAGGGAAUGUGAAGCAUGGCGGAACCUUCGACAUAGGAAUUUGUUGAAGUUUAUAACUUCAUGUUCAAGUAUUGACUUUCAAGGAAAUCCAUUCAAAGCUUUGGUAUACGAGUUCAUGCCCAAUGGGAGUUUGCAUGAUUGGUUGCAUUCAAGUGGAAAUACAUCAAGGCUAAACCUUCUUCAAAUGAUAAAAAUUCUUAUGGAUGUAGCAUAUGCACUUGAUUAUAUUCAUAAUCACUGUCUACCAACCAUUAUUCAUGGUGACCUGAAGCCUAGUAACAUUCUACUCGAUAAUGAUAUGGUGGCUCAUGUUGGAGAUUUCGGUUUGGCUCGAUUUCUUGGAACUUCAUACCAAAACAACUCAACUGGGAUUCGCGGUACAGUGGGUUAUAUUGCUCCAGAGUAUGGUCUCGAGAGUGAGAUGACAAGUAAUGGGGAUAUCUACAGUCUUGGAAUAAUAGUUCUAGAGGCAAUGACCGGGAAACACCCAACUGAUGACAUCUUUAAUGAAGACCUUUGCCUUCAUAAAUUUGCUUCAAUGGCCUUGCUAGACAAUGUAAUUGAUAUCAUUGAUGUUAACAUUCUAAACCUGUAUCAAGAGUACAAUGAAGAAAAUGCCAUGAAAAUAGAGGAAUGUUUGACUCUAACAAUUAAGAUUGGAGUCGCAUGCUCUGUGGAUUCCCCAACACAAAGGAUGGAUAUCAAAAAGGUUAUGCGUGAUUUGCAACAGAUUCUCGAUACACUUAAAAAUAUUUGA